AUGGAAGGCGAUAUCCUAGUGCCAUCAGGAGAAGCGGAAAAAAUCCCAUUAUGCUCAAUGCAAUCACUUAACAGCAGAAAAAAUUUUGUUCAGGUGGAGCACGCCUCAAACCGCACACCGAUCUCACAUACAUUGUCCAGUUCUACAGCCGAAAUGGUGGCAACUUACAUUGCCAAUAUAUGGCGCCCAACAACCAACACAACCCCACAAAUAAAAAUCGUAACCACAACUCCACAAAUCAUCGCAACAAACAGAGAUCCCUACAUCGCAACAACAAUCCUUUCAACACGUUCCGGGCAUCGGAACUUGGAUCCCUCACACCAUUCAACCACAACCACAAUAUUCCUCGAUGGCCCAUCCUCACACCGCCACGGUAGGGUUGUCUCAUGUGCUAAUAUUUACACAAAAACCGCAGAGCUUCAACGAGCUUGCACAGCAGACGCUCGGUACAACCCCUGGAAUGUCUUAGCCUCAAAUAACAUGCAUGCAGACUUCGUCCAGCCAGGGACCUGGCCCUUAUGUAUCAGACAUUUAGUUCUCAGUAGCAUCUAUAUUCAACCCUUUCAUGGCAGCCAGUCAGCUGUACACACAACAGUACAUAGGAGCAAGCCCAUAUCUAGUUCCUCUAGUAGGGCAAUAUAA